AUGCUGUCCAUAUCGGAAUGUGAGCUGCUGGCACAUGCACUGAGCAUGUAUGGGAAUGACCUCAUGCAUCUGGUGGAAAUACUCAAUGGUAUCCAAGACUUACCCGAAGGCCUGGUCGACUUUCAGAGCAACUUAUCAACAUUUUUAUUGUACGCAUCAAUUUUGUCUGCAUUGCCAGUUCUAUCUGAAUCCGAGUUAUUGUUAGGUGAACCCUCACUAGACCUGGCACCAGCUUCUGAGCCCCGUCGCCCUUGUCCUAGGGGUGGUAUUACUUUUGCACUGCAGCGUCAGGGUGGCGAAGGUACAUGGCAACAACGAAGUAGUCCCUGGAUCAACACAAGCGAGAAUGUCAAUGCCAUCAUUGCCACUCUUUCAUCCGCUCAUUGGGGCUCUAAUGCGCACAACCCAGAAGCUUGGCUCCUGAAUGUCAAGUCUGCAAUCCAGGAGGGAGCAUAUCUCGACAAAUCACUUAUGUCAGUUGUUGCUCGUUGCAAGGGACUUAGUGGCAAGGAUAUAGCUUCUUCUGAUGGUCAACCUUAUGUGGCUUGUCACAAAAUGUCAAAGCUUCAGUCUCUGUAUCAAGACAGUGUAAAGGCUACAUGUGAGACGUACCUGAGGAUCCCAGCAAGCAUUAUUUUGGGCCAAUCACUCAAUAUUCGCAACUCAGACGGCUCCCUCAUAGUCUUUGUUUGCACAUCCCUCCCUGACUAUAUCCGCUCAUCACUACAGCCAAAGCUCCUGGCUGCAUUUGAGAAUAAUGAGCUGCUUACUGAGAAGCCUGGUCAACAUGAUGAGAAUGACAUGUUUGAGGCGCUAUACUUUUCCUGGUACAACCGUCACUGCACAAGAGGAGAUGACGCUCCAACUGAGAUUUUGCCUCUCAUAUUGGAGAGGGAAGAUGGACAUUGUACCAACUAUUCCCAGAUAAUCCCUUACCUGUCCAAGGAAAUCAAAGAUUACGGCACUAUUUACAAGAUUAUCAAAGUUGUCUUUGCAGACCUAUUCCAUUGGAUCAAUGAUGUGAUUGAGCUCCAGCUGCCUGAGGAGUAUGAGUUAUUGGCUGAAGUUGUGUCAAUUUUGCCUGGCAACAAUUCGUCUCCAAUAUUCCCCUUCCUUUCACUGGAGAUUAACCUCAAUGUCUCUACCAAAGGUCACCAAGAUAGCAAAGACAAGGACUUCUGUCUUGUCCUUCCUAUUGGUAAUUUCCAAGGUGAAGCCCUUGUUAUGGUUGAAACAGGUCUGGUCUUGGAAUUAAGGCAAGGUGACUUCGCCAUCUUCAGAUCUUGA